AGCAGGGGCACGGGGGAGGGAGAGAGGGCGCAGCAUCAGCAGCAGCCAGUAGCAAAAGAGAUGCAGCAGCACGGUUCGAGACGGUACGGAGAAAGACGCAGCGGGAAGCACGACCGAGCGUCGCAGAGCGGCGCCAGACACACGAGAAGCGGCGGUGAAGGCGGAGGCAGACACAAGCACAGAGAACGGGACGGGAAGGGCCUGCAGUGGCAAGACGGCGGAGAAGGGGGCCAGAGGAAGCCGGCGGGUGUGUCGGCGGCGACGACGCCGAUCCCCAUCGACCUGCGGCCGUCGGGAGUCUUGACCAAGUACCUGCAUCUGUCGGCAGGCCAGAAGGUGGCUCCGCACGACGCCAGGGCCAAGUAUGCGCCGCCGGAGGACGCAGUGGUGCCGACGAAAGAGAACUGUGCGUUCCAUCUCUUCAAGUACAACGAGGAGACGGACACGCAGGAGGAGGUGCCGCUGCUGAACUACAAGUCGUACUUUGUGUUUGGCCGGGACGCCGAGCUGGCGGACGUGGUGGUGGCCGACGACGAGGACGGCGACCUUGUCUCCAAGCAGCACGCGGUGCUGCAGUUCCGGAGGGGCCGGGACGCCACUGCGGACGCCGCCAGCGUACGCUGCUACUUGAUGGACAUCGGCUCCACGAACGGCACCUUCCUCAACGACGACAAGGCCGAGCUCCCGACCAAGCGGUACGUGCAGCUCAAGAACAACGACGUCUUCAAGCUCGGCGACUACGACAGUGUCCUCGAGUUCAUGGUCGUCGAGGACCGGGCGUGACUGCCGGCGCCUCUGUCCGUGUCCGCCGUCCUAAGUAUAUAUCCGUGGUCUACACCACCGUAACCUUUCC